AUGCCGGCGGUGAAACGGGCGGCAAGUACGAACUCUGUUGAUGUGCCAGUGAAAAGAUUGGAUGCGGGCACCAUUCGCAAGUACAUCGAUCUCAGGAAGUUAGAUUUCGAUCAAGUGAAGAGGUGUUCCGUGAAGUGCACACCGCUGGAGGUGUACUGCUGCCUGCAAUGCGGGAAGUUUUUGCAGGGGAGGGGCGCACGGUCGCCCUGCUUUCUCCAUGCGGUUAACAAUUCACGGCACAGCAUGUUCAUGAACCUACGGGACGCGAAAGUGUAUGAGCUCCCCUUGAACAGAGAGGUCGAUACCGCGCGGGACACGCUGCUGCAACGGUUGCAAUUGGCGUUGCAGCCGCAGUUUGAGAGUGAUAGAUUGCAGGCGUUUCCUCAGAACUGCACGGAUCUCGUUGCAGGGAAGCAGUACACGAACGGGUUCGUCGGUAUCACUGGGAAGCCACAACUUGUGAACUAUAUUGUGAUCUUGCUCGCACAUAUCACACCCGUGAGAGACAAUCUCUUGCUGUGUAAGCAGCAAGAGGGUACACUGGUGGGGCAAGUUACACAAUUCGUGCAGAGACUUUGGUCCACCACUCUGCUCAGGGGACACGUCUCUCCGGAGGAAUGGGUCAGUUACCUGCAGGUACAUUCGAGAGAUUGGUUGGACGUCACGGACCCGAAACUGGCAUUCAACUGGCUGAUCAACCAAUUGAUCAAGUCCCCGUUGCAGGAUACUUUGGCCAGCGCGUGUCGCGGAGAAAUUGAGGUCAAGCAGACUAGCAGAGUGGUCCCCUUUUGGAACGUUACGCUGGACUUACCCACAUCAUCGGCCACGAUCUUCAAAGACGGGAGAGAAGUCAACGAUCUACCGCAGAUCCAGCUAUCCACGUUGUUGCAGAACAAAUUCGACAGCGACACAGCGCCUUACAUGUUCCGUUCCCUUCCGGAACACCUCAUCGUUUACUACAACAGACACUCUGGUGCAAGAUUGCCCUUCCCCGUACGGGACAGGAACCAAACAAUGGUGGAUUUCCCGCUCACGGUAGAGUUCCCGGGGAACCACCGAUACAGACUUCAGGGGAACCUGAUCAACGACGUCGUCAGGUCCUCGGACAUUGCAACGGACGAUACAAACCACUGGAAACUACAACUGCUCAACACGAAUAACGAUCAAUGGUACGAGAUUGACGGCCCCCUUGUGACGGCCAGAGAACAAGAACUCCUGUUCUUGAAGGAGACAUACUUGCAAGUAUGGCGUAGGGUUUGA